UCGAUCAGCUGGCUUUCAUCUGUCUCUCGCUCUGGUUGUCGGUCCGUUUUCAUUUUUUGUUUUCGUUUUUUGUAUUAUUGUUUUUAAAAUAUAUACAUACAUAUAUUUUUAUUUUUAUUUUAAUUGUUUUUAAUCGUAAUAAUAUAUUAUUAUAUCACACUCAUAUAUAAUAAUAUAUAUACAUAUAGAUUUAUUAAUUUAUUUGUUUCUUGUAUAAAACAUUAGUCUUAAUUUUUUAUUGUAUUAACAGUUUACGAAGAUCUCUUGUAAAUAUAAAUAAUUUAUAUUCUACUGCUAUCUGCCAUAGUAUAAAGUUCCUGACUGACCCACAACUAUUCGUGCCACAAUUCUACAGAGAUAAAAUAAAGCGAGCCAAAAUGUUUUCGAACUUAUCCAGCUGGUUCUACGGAAGUAACGCUACCGAAAAAAGUGACGAAGUCGUCGUCACUGAUCCAUGCCCAGACUCUUUAAUCGAAGUUGACGAAAACUUCGAACCCAUCGAAAUUGACGAAUCUGACGACUGGGUUAUCCUUGGAAAAGGUGAAUCUGAGUCGGAUUCUAAAAAGACUGAUGAUGAAGGGUGUGGAGCUGUAGUUGAUCGCCACAGUCGAUCAUCUUCUUCCUGUCAAAAUGAAGAGGGCUGGUUUGUUACUCCUCCUCCUUGCUUCACGUCUAUUGGUCCAGCAGACAUGGAGACGACACCUUUGGAGAAUCUUCUCAUUGAACAUCCAAGCAUGUCUGUAUAUCACAGCCCCACUGUGAGUUCAAUAAUGCCCGAGAGAAGAACUCUAUCCUCAAUUGCGAGUAACAGCGAGUCGUUUGAUGACGAUACACCAAUUGUCUUUGAAGCCGUGAAAUGCAAAGAAAAAUUACCUAAACAUCCCAAGAAAAAGACGCUGAAAAAAUCUGUGCCCCUUGAUGAAUUCAAAAUUGCACCUGAAACUAUUUUGGGCAAUGUACCAAGUGUUUUGUCAUCUCCUGUUGUUGAGAUUAAAAAAGUAGAACGUUCUCAAACGGAAAUGUUUCCAGUAUUGGCUCCAAUUUCUAAGGCCAAAGUAUGCUCUCCACCAGCUAUUCGUAGCUAUAAAGAAGUAGCUGCAUCAUUAAAACGAAGACAACCAAAAAAUGACAUGUCUGAAAUAAAACACGUUAAAAUCGAAUCCAAAGUCGAAGUUGUUGAGCCACCUCAAACUGUUUUGCCUAUGGAAGAAGAAACACAGACAGUUGUGAAAGUCUUUACUCCUAAAAAAGUCAUGAAAAAAGGUCGCAAACCACCAUGCCCAUUGCCUCAUUUAAUGAAAAAUGAGUCGCAAAAGAUGCCAAAAGAAAUAAUUGUUCCUAAAAUCCGUGCCCAAGAACGGUUGGUCAGGUUGAGUUCCUUUAGCAUCAUACAAUCUGAUGUGCCAAAAAGCUGUAAAACACCAAAAAAAAAUGCUAUAAAACCAGUUGUUGAAAAGCAACAAAAGUCUAACAGUAAUUCAACAAUUUGUGUUGAAGCACAAAAACCUGUGUCUGUUUUAGAUACUGAAGAAAAAAAGAAAAAGAAGGUACAACAAAAAUCUAUUGUUAAAGAAGUAAAACAUGAGAUGAUAGAGUCUCACCCAGUUACCCAAACAGCAGUGGUAAGACCAAAAUGUGAUGUAAUUGAAAAGAGGGACCAAAAGUCUCCUGUAAAAAAAGAGAACAUCAUCAUACCAUUGACGACUUCCAUUGCCCUUAAUUCUUUAGUGUCUAGACCUGAAGAAAAUGCUUACAAGCACGAGUUGCUUAAAAGAGAGCUGGCAAUGAUUGCUGGCACCAAUAAGGCACAGAAGCUGCAAGCACACAGGGAAACUCGUAUUUUAAGUCGCAACCAGCUGACUCAUAUCAAUCGUGUAAAUUUGAUGUUGAGUGCAAGUAACAAAAGACUGAGGAGGGCCGACAAAAACAUGCGACCGUCGGGUGCUAACAACAAUCGUAAAUGCUGUUAACUCUAAAUAGUAAUAAAAAAAUCAAUUAUACUGGCUUCUAAUUUAAUCAGUUAGUAAAAUUAUAAUAGGUUGAAAUAAUAUUAUUUUAGCUUACAUUGGGUCAAGGGAAAAAAUAACAAAAGAUACAAAAAAAGUAAAAAAUGUUAACAAAAUAGAAAAGUAUAAAAAAUGAAAACUAAAAAAAAAAAAUGCGUGUCUAUUAAUUAUAUAAUUACUAUAUCCAGUUUAUAAAAAUUAGUACACAGCAUUAUUUAUAAUUUUUAGUAACUGAUUAAUUAGGGGAUUACCAAUUUUAAACAAUUUAUUUCUUCUUCAAUAUAAGUGCUAAUAACUUUUAGCUAACAUUUGGCUAUUAUAUUGCUACUGUAUUUAAAUUAAAUUAAAAAUAUAUUAAAUAAUAAAAAAUUAUUUUGAUUUAAAUAUUUCAUAAUCAUAAACCAGAUAGUAAUAUUUUAAAAUAUAGUGUUUAUAAUUGAAGAGAAAUAAGAAAUAAAUUAUUUAGAAUAAAGUAAGACAAUGCUAAGUUUUAUUAAUUUUACCUAAUGUCAUAUGUAUGUUGUUUAAGUUAAACAUUCAUUGCUGUUUAAGUUACCAAGCAAUAAAAACUGUAAUAUUUGGCCAGUAUACAGAUAUUUUAUCAAAAGUAUUUCCUCCAUAUAUAAAAACCAAAAUAAAUUAUUAUUUGUACCUGAUAAAAAUGACCAGCUUUUUGAGCAGUUCUAUAUUGUAUGUACACCUUUUAAAAUAUAAGUUGUAUUUUAGGUUCUUUUUAAUUUAUUUAAAUUAACAAUAAUAUUUAAAAUGUAUGUAGUUUUAUUUUUAAAUGUAAGGUGUAACACCAUUACAUUUUUACUCUAAUCAAUACUGGUAAAUGCAAUGGCUAGGCCUUACAUUUGUGUGUAUGAUAAUUUUAUUUAUUAAUUUCUAUAAAUUACCAUAUUAUCAUUAAUUCAAUAUAAUAUUAUCUAACGCUGUAAUAUUAUUAUUAAAAUGAAAAAAAAAAAUGUAUAAUAUACAUAAAUAUUAAAUAGCUGUACAUUAUAUAUUAUAGAAAAAAAAAUCAUUAUACUAGAAGAUAACAUUAUUUUACAUGAUGAUAAUACGUCAAAAUAUGUAAUACAUAGUUUCUAAAUAUUAUAAUUACUAAUUAGGUGCAUAUUAUAAGUAUUUUGUUUUACUUCUUAAAUUUCUUUACUAUAUAUUAUAUUACGAGCACAGAUAUUGGAUUUGUAAACAAUUUAUUUUAGUAAUUCGAUUACACUACAUUAUUUUCUGAAUUUUUUCAGAGUUGUCUGAGUUAAUUGUUGAAUAUUUGAUAACGUUUAAAAUUAUAUAUAUAUUAGAUAAAGUAUAGAUAGUAUUGGACAGUUGUUCAUCAAUCACUACUAAAAAUCAGCAAUAAUUUGAGUUCAUAAUAUUGUUCACUGAUUAGAAAUAUAAUAUAUUAUUGAGAUCAUUUUAUUUGUCAUUAUAUAAUAUAUAAGUAUGAUCAUUAAAUUGAUGUUUCAAACAAUAUAAUAGCGAUACCUAAGAAAUCCAAUUUUAAAAAGGCUUUCACUUACAUGAAUUUUAUUCAAUUUAUGAAAGUAUCAUAGUUAUGUUAACUAUUCAUUUUUAAUGUGUUAAUGAAAACAUUUUUUCAAAGAGCACUGUGUUUGGAUUGAUGUUUAAUUAUAAAUGGUAUUGGUAUUAAUAAUACUCAUAAAUUAUUUGUUAAAUAUUACCUUUUUUUAAUGUGUAAACUAAUAUAUUAUUUAUAAUAUUUAUAUUUAUUUUAAACAUAUAAUUUACAUCAACGUUGUUAUAAAUUGUUGAUAGCUUUUUUUUUUAUUUGAAUGAAUAUUUAACCGUGUACACAAUUAAUAAAAGUAAUGUGUAUACAAGACCAUGAGAUUGUAAAAUAUGCUUUAUUAUAAUUAUUACUAUUACUAUUAUAUUUUAUCAUUUUUCUGAUUUGGUUUGUAAUAUUAAAAAUAAAAGUAUGUCAAAACCUGUGAUCUAAAAUAAAACUUCUAUGAAGCAAUAAGAUAAAAAUUAUGUAAAAAUUAGAAUGACAUUCUUAAAAUGUAUUAAAAUCAAUUGUUCGAUUUAUAUAAUAUUGUAAAAAAAAGUCUAUAAGUAUAUCAACUAUAUUUUGUAGAGACAAAUCUUGUUAAAAAUUGCUGAUUGCACAUGUCAACUAUGUAUUAAGUGACGAACAUGUAUUGCAAAGUGAAGCUAUAUAACGACUAUAUUAAUAUGUAAUAUGCUGUAAUUAUUGUACUUAAAAAAAUAUUAUGUCCACCAUUAUUUUAUUAUUUGAUUCAUAAAUUUCCAAUUUUAUUUAUCGAUUUAGUGACACAAGAUUCAUAUUUACAUUAUAUUAUAUUAUAUUAUAAUAACUCUUAGGGUACAAGUUUGUGUUCAAAAGAAAAAGAAAAAAGAUUGAUAAAAUAAAAAAAAAGUAUUAAAUUAUCUGAACAUAA